AUGGUCAAGGCCGCCCCCGCCACCGGCCCCGGCAUAUACAGUGCCACGUACAGCGGGAUACCCGUGUACGAGUAUCAGUUCGGUGCCGACCUCAAGGAGCAUGUCAUGCGACGUCGCCAUGACGAUUGGAUCAAUGCGACACACAUUUUGAAAGCCGCCGGCUUCGACAAGCCCGCGCGCACGAGGAUAUUGGAACGGGAUGUGCAAAAGGAUGUCCACGAAAAGAUACAGGGCGGCUAUGGCAAAUACCAGGGGACCUGGAUCCCCCUCGAUGCCGGCCUGGCCCUCGCCCAAAGACACAGCACCUUUGACCGGAUACGGCCCAUCUUCGAGUUCGUCCCGGGUGACGAGAGCCCGCCGCCUGCGCCCAGGCAUGCCACCAAACCCAAAGCCUUCAAGUCCAAACCGCCUCCUGCUGCUCCCAAAUGGGGUGCCAGUUCACUGAUGAUGCAUGAUGAGUAUGAUAACGGUGACGCCGUGAUGGGCGGCGAGGAGGACACGCCCGACAACCUGACGGUGGCAUCCGCCUCGUACAUGGCCGAGGACGAUCGCUUUGACAUGUCGCACAUGUCCACCGGGCAUAGGAAGCGCAAGCGAGAGGAGCAGAGCCUCCAGGACCUGACGGAGCAGCAGCACGCAGUAUACGGCGACGAGCUGCUCGACUACUUCCUGCUAUCUAGAAAUGAGCAGCCAGCCGUCAAGCCCGACCCUCCACCCAACUUCCAGCCGAACUGGCUCAUCGACGCCGAGAACCACACGGCCUUGCACUGGGCGUCGGCCAUGGGCGACGUGGACGUCAUCAAGCAGCUGAAGCGUUUCAACGCCGGCGUUGCCGUGAAAAACGUCCGCGGCGAGACACCCUUCAUGCGCUCCGUCAACUUCACCAACUGCUACGAGAAGCAGUCCUUCCCCACAGUCAUGAAAGAGCUCUUCGAGACGGUGGACGCCCGGGACAGCGCCGGCUGCACCGUCAUUCACCACGCGGCCGUCAUGAAGAACGGCCGCGUCUUUAGCCCGUCGUGCUCGCGAUACUACCUAGACCUCAUCCUCAACAGGCUUCAAGAGACGCUGGAGCCGGCCGCAGUCCAACAGCUCGUCGACAUGCAGGAUAACGACGGCAACACUGCGCUGCAUCUUGCUGCGCAGAGGAAUGCGAGGAAGUGCAUCCGUGCCCUGCUGGGCCGCCACGCGUCAGCCGACAUACCGAACAACGAGGGCGUCCGCGCAGAAGACAUCAUCGUCGAACUGAAUGUUUCCAAAAAGGACCGCGGGCCUCAGCGCUCGUCGUCUCCGUUCGCUCCAGAUUCCCAACGCCAUGUCUCCUUCCGCGACACCUUCGCCGAGACCACCAACAAGUCAAGAAAGCCGCCACAGUCGUUCCAGUCGGCCGCCGCCACGACGGUACAGUCACGGAUAUCGCCUCUGAUAAUGGAAAAGUUUCAGGACCUGGCCAAGAGCUACGACGAGGAGUGGCACGAGAAAGACGUGGCCGAGUCGGAGGCGCACCGCAUCCUCACCAACACGCAGGCAGAACUCAACGUUGCUCAGCAGCAGAUCGCCGAGCUCGAAGCCCAGAUGGAACCCGACGAUGUGGCGGCCAAGAUCAUGAACGAGGCCAACCUCGCCAAGCACCAGGUCUUGUCCCUCAUCACCCACCAAAACCGCCUGCACAUCCACCGCGCGGUCGAGACGGAGCUUACGCGCAUCAACGGUGAAGCCGCCGCCGCAUCGGAGGAGUCGCAACAGCCCCAGACGUACGAGGAGCGGCUCGCCCUCGCUCGUCAGCUUAGCCAAAUGCUCGCGGAGCAGCGGCAGAUCGAGACGGACUACGUGGAUGCGCUUAGCAUGGUCGGCGUAGGCGACAAGAUCGAAAAGUACCGAAAACUGCUCAAGCGGUGUCUGGAUCCAAAGGACGGAGAGACCCUCGACACAAAUCUCGACAGCUUGAUUGGCAUGAUGGAGGAGGAGCGGGAGGAGCACGAUGUGGACGUCCCGUCACACGGAGUUGCGGCAGCUGCACUGACGGCCGGCGCACCUGAGCCCAUGGACCUCACCCUCGGGGUAUAG